AUGGAAAAAUACCAUGGUUUGGAAAAAAUUGGAGAAGGUACAUAUGGUGUAGUGUACAAAGCGCAAAAUAGUGAUGGGGAGUCAUUUGCAUUAAAAAAAAUAAGAUUGGAAAAGGAGGAUGAAGGAAUUCCAUCAACUGCCAUUAGGGAAAUUAGUAUUUUAAAAGAGCUAAGGCACUCAAAUAUAGUUAAGUUGUAUGAUGUCAUACAUGCUAAAAAAAGAUUAAUAUUGGUCUUUGAGCAUCUAGACCAAGAUCUCAAGAAACUUAUAGAUGUUUGUGAUGGGGGACUCGAAUCAGUUACAGCAAAAUCGUUUUUAUUGCAACUUCUAAAUGGUAUUGCAUAUUGCCAUGAGCAUAAAGUGUUGCAUCGUGAUUUGAAGCCACAAAAUUUAUUAAUAAAUAGAGAAGGGGAAUUAAAAAUUGCUGAUUUUGGACUCGCAAGAGCCUUUGGAAUACCUGCUCGAAGAUAUACUCAUGAAGUUGUAACAUUAUGGUAUAGAGCCCCAGAUAUUUUAAUGGGGUCAAAAAAAUAUUCAACUCCAAUUGAUAUAUGGAGUGUUGGAUGCAUAUUUGCCGAGAUGGUAAAUGGUAGGCCAUUAUUUCCGGGGGUAUCUGAUACCGAUCAACUUAUGAGAAUAUUCAAAAUAUUAGGAACUCCAAAUUCUCAAAAUUGGCCUGAUGUUUUUAAACUCCCGAAAUAUGAUCCUAAUUUUCCAGUUUAUGAGCCUUUGCCAUGGGAAACAGUUAUAAAAGGAUUAGAUGAUACUGGAAUUGAUUUGCUAUCAAAAAUGCUUAAAUUGGAUCCCAACCAAAGAAUUACUGCGAAGCAAGCGAUAGAACAUCCGUAUUUUAAAGAAACUAAUUAA